CCGAGUCCCCGCAAAAACGUACUUUGGACCAAAUCGUUGGUACGAGUUGAAACGAAUAAACUUAAGGCACUGAGACGCUUCUACUUCAGUGUUACUCUGGCUCUCCGGCUUCCUUUGUCACACAUUCCAAUUAUCUCGACGAUUCUAUCUCCUGGAAUCAUCCCCCCAUCGAAACAAUCACUUUUCCUUGAGGUGAACGAGAGACUAGGCGACAUCAUGGGUCUUUAGCCGAGCCAGAGACAGCGAAAUCAGUGAUUUUGGUUUUAAUAAACAAUUAUUACUGGUGUUGAGGAAAAACUUGGCUACUGGGAAUUUUUUUUCAUCUUCAAUAGAGACAUUAAUUUUUGGCCUUUGUAAAAUGUCUUCAGAAACACGGACGUACACAUCCAACGGAAGUAUGAUUGUCGUGAGCAACAGGUUACCCUUCGUACUGAAGAGAAAUGAAGAUUCGGGACAACUGGAACGUAAAGCAAGUGCCGGCGGACUUGUGACUGCUGUUGCACCAGUAGUAAUAAGUGGAAAUGGCCUAUGGGUGGGAUGGCCAGGUGUGCACAUGGAUAAUCCGAAUGAACCUAUUCCUGAAUCCGAUCCUAAUGACAAGACACCAACUGCGGGAUUGCUGUCGAGCAAGGUGGUGGCGGUCCACGUGGAGCCGGACAUUUUUGACGCCUACUACAAUGGCUGCUGCAAUGGUACCUUUUGGCCCCUAUUCCACUCCAUGCCGGACCGCGCGACCUUCAUCGCGGAGCACUGGCGUGCCUACGUGGCGGUAAACAAGGAGUUCGCAGCAAAGACAGUGCGCGCCCUGGAGAAGGUCCACGCGGAGCAAACGAAGCAGGCAAACGGUACACCUUUAGUCUGGGUUCACGACUAUCACCUCAUGUUGGCAGCCAACUGGAUAAGACAGGCCGCCGACGAGAAGGACCUCAAGCUAAAGCUCGGCUUCUUCCUUCACAUUCCCUUCCCUCCCUGGGACAUCUUCAGACUGUUUCCAUGGGCGGACGAGAUCCUCCAGGGAAUGCUGGGCUGUGACAUGGUUGGCUUCCACAUUCAGGACUACUGUCUGAAUUUCGUUGACUGCUGCCAGAGGUGCCUCGGGUGUCGAGUCGACAGGAAAAAUCUGCUCGUUGAUCACGGCGGUAGAACUGUGAGGGUUCGACCUCUUCCCAUAGGCAUCCCCUUCGACAGAUUCGUAUCCCUAGCCGAGCAGGCACCCAAAGUCAUCAUGACAAACCAGAAGAUAGUACUGGGGGUCGAUCGGUUGGACUACACGAAGGGUCUCGUCCACCGGCUAAAGGCCUUCGAGAUGCUCCUGGAGAAACAUCCGGAGCAUCGGGAACAGGUAACCAUGCUGCAAGUGGCUGUCCCCUCCAGAACUGAUGUCAGGGAGUACCAAGAAUUGAAACUUGAGAUGGAUCAACUGAUUGGAUCCAUCAACGGGAGAUUCACCACCCCCAAUUGGUCGCCCAUCCGCUACAUCUAUGGGUGCGUCAGUCAGGACGAACUUGCAGCUUUUUACAGGGAUGCUGCUGUGGCUCUUGUCACGCCGUUAAGGGAUGGUAUGAAUCUUGUCGCCAAAGAGUUUGUGGCUUGUCAGAUCAAUACACCACCUGGAGUGCUCAUUGUUUCUCCGUUCGCUGGUGCUGGAGAGAUGAUGCACGAGGCACUCAUCUGUAAUCCUUACGAGAUCGAUGAUGCUGCUGAAGUCAUUCACAGGGCUCUAACAAUGCCGGAAGACGAACGCACCCUCCGUAUGAACCACCUUAGACGUCGCGAGCGUCUCUACGACGUCAACUACUGGAUGAAGUCCUUCCUCCAGGUAAUGGGCUCCCUGGAAGAAAGGGACUCAGUCGGUGCAACAGUAAUGCAGCCAGUGACGAUGGACGACUUCGACGAUUACUUGAGCAAGUACAUCGGUGAUAAUCAUAAAUUGGCGCUGCUUCUUGAUUACGAUGGUACACUGGCCCCAAUCGCCACACAUCCGGAUCUUGCGAUACUUCCCCUGGAGACUAAGAAUGUUCUCCAGAGGUUGAGCAACAUGUCCGAUGUUUAUAUUGCCAUUGUCUCCGGGAGGAAUGUCAGCAAUGUCAAGAGUAUGGUAGGAAUCGAGGGAAUUACCUACGCCGGUAAUCAUGGCCUGGAGAUUCUCCAUCCUGAUGGGAGUAAGUUUGUCCAUCCCAUGCCAGCGGAACUCGAGGGCAAAGUCGGAAGUCUUAUGCAAGCCCUCCAGGACCAGGUACUGUGCAAGGAUGGCGCUUGGGUGGAAAACAAGGGUGCUCUCCUGACCUUCCACUAUCGAGAGACACCUAUGGAAGGCAGACCUAAAAUGAUUGAACAUGCUAAGAGACUGAUUGAGGAGGCAGGCUUCAAACCCUGUCCCGCACACUGCGCCCUUGAAGCUAAACCACCGGUCGAGUGGAACAAAGGACGCGCCUCUAUUUAUAUUUUACGAACUGCUUUUGGACUCGACUGGAGCGAGAGGAUCAGAAUUAUUUAUGCUGGGGAUGAUGUUACUGAUGAGGAUGCUAUGAAGGCACUGAAAGGUAUGGCAGCCACUUUCCGUGUAACAUCCUCCCACAUCAUUCGUACCUCAGCGGAAAGAAGACUUCCAAGUACAGAUUCAGUUCUGACAAUGUUAAAAUGGGUGGAACGACAUUUGAGCAGACGCAAGCCGAGGAGUAAGAAUAACGAGAUAUCAAACAGAUAUAGACGUAGCAGUGGUGGAAUUACAAUGGAGAUGUCCUUCACCGAGCCACAAUCCCUUGCUUCCUAAUUGUCAUCGUGUGGAGUCAAAGAUCCGAUAGAUGUUACGAGUUAUCCCUUAAUAUGAGUGUUUAGAAUGUGAGUGGAUUUAAGAGACUGCUGUUGACAUAAUCUUCCAGCUUUUCUUUUAUAUCGAUGUACCCAAAAGCGGGCCUUAUUGGGAUUGAAAUUAUCAACGAAUUAAUUUGCACCUCCCCCCCCAAGGGCCACAAGAAUUUAUUUUUUUAGAUUUUUCCUCAAUACGACUGCAGUCAAUCAUGAAUCCUCUCAGUUAUAGUAUUUAGGUGUAAUUGUAUAAUUCGUAUCGCUCAAAUUGAUGAGAAAGUAGAAAAUAGGAGCUUCUGAUUUCAACAAGUCUGGAAAUUAUUCUUUUCUAAAUGAAUGUAAUCUCGGUUUUAGAUUGUAGAUUCAAUAUAAAUCUCACCACAGUAAAGAAACUAUGGGACUCAAUAACGGGGAUGAUUAUUAGAUAAAAACAAAUAUUUGAUACGAACUUUGGAAACAAUUUUUCUACGAAUAUUUUUGAAUAAGCUAAAGUCUUCUGUUAAAAUCAUGUGAUUUUUCUCCAUUAAAAAAUAUCAAAUCACGAGUCAUGUCAGGCACUUAGUCAUCAAUAAAGCGUAAUAUCAUUCAAGUACUAAAAUUCGAUUAUAAAUUCAUGUUGAUACCCUUGUAAUAUGUACAACAAUCAUGUACUUAUUCGAUGGGAAGAGUAUUUUUGUAUGAAGAGAGCGUGUGAGUGGAAGAAAUACAAUUUUUCGCAAUUUUCAAUACUGAUUUGUGGACAUUUUUUUACGAAUUUAUUCGUUCCAUAUCACUGCAGAAUUCUUAGUAUUCAAUGCGCAUUAAUAAAAUCCAUAUCCCGCAAAGUGAAUUUUUCCAAUACUUCUUGGAUAAAUCGAACCGUGAAAUGAAUAACAUCAUAUUUAUUAGUCGUUAUUGUCAAUCAUCCGUGAAUUUAGAAAAGAAAUUGCGAAUUGAUGUGGAACAAUUAUCAGAUAAAUCCAACAAUUCGUUCACUUUAUACUCCGAAAUGUACAAAUAAACCAAAGCAUGAGUUACCGCAUGUCAAAUUAAUUUGUAAAUUUUGUACAAGUCCUUUAUUCAUGAAAAUAUAAAAACGAAUAUGAUUUA